CAUUGCAGUUCUAAUCACAGUUGGUGUUCGUUUCAACGGAAAACUUUUUGUUUAACAAGCUGAAAUUCUAUACAAGUCAGUGCCGAUGGAAAAUUUCGCUCAUGGUAGUAAGAAUGCUUCACAGCGUGGACCUGGACUUCGCACAUUCUUCGAGCAGAAAAUUGCCGAAUUGCAAUUCAUUGUGACCGAGCGGCAGCUUAAUCUGCGCCGUUUGCAGGCUCAGCGCAAUGAGCUCAACACAAAGGUGCGUGGGCUGCGCGAGGAGCUGCAAUUGCUGCAAGAGCAGGGCAGCUAUGUGGGCGAGGUUGUAAAGCCGCUGGACACCAAGAAGGUGCUGGUGAAGGUGCAUCACGAUGGCAAAUAUGUGGUGGAUACAGAGAAGACCAUUGAUAUAAACGAUGUGAAUGCCAAUUGCCGCGUUGCCUUGCGUCAUGACAGCUACACUUUACACAAGGUGCUGCCCAACAAGGUGGAUCCGCUGGUCUCGCUUAUGCUGGUGGAAAAGGUGCCCGACUCGACCUACGAAAUGGUAGGAGGUCUAAGCAAGCAGAUCAAGGAGAUCAAGGAAGUGAUUGAGCUGCCUAUUAAGCAUCCCGAAUUGUUUGAUGCUUUGGGCAUAGCACAGCCCAAGGGUGUGCUGCUCUUUGGUCCACCAGGCACUGGCAAGACUCUGCUAGCGCGUGCCGUAGCUCAUCAUACGGAAUGCACAUUUAUACGCGUCUCUGGCUCGGAACUGGUGCAGAAGUAUAUAGGCGAAGGCUCGCGCAUGGUACGCGAACUUUUCAUCAUGGCACGCGAGCAUGCACCGUCUAUUAUAUUUAUGGAUGAAAUAGAUUCGAUCGGCUCGGCUCGUCUGGAUUCUGGCCGUGGUGCGGACUCUGAAGUGCAGCGCACGAUGCUGGAGCUGCUCAAUCAGCUGGAUGGCUUUGAGGCAUCAAAGAAUAUUAAAGUCAUUAUGGCUACGAAUCGCAUUGAUGUGCUGGAUCAAGCUUUGCUGCGUCCCGGACGCAUUGAUCGCAAGAUUGAGUUUCCGCCACCAAGCGAAGAAGCACGAGUCGAUAUCUUAAAGAUACAUUCACGCAAAAUGAAUCUGACUCGUGGCAUCAAUCUGCACAAGAUUGCUGAGCUUAUGCCGGGUGCUUCUGGUGCAGAUCUGAAGGGUGUUUGCACCGAGGCUGGCAUGUAUGCAUUGCGAGAGCGUCGAGUCCAUGUCACACAGGAGGACUUUGAAAUGGCCGUCUCCAAGGUAAUGCAAAAGGAUUCGGAGAAGAACAUGUCCGUCAAGAAAUUCUGGAAGUAAUUUGUGUUCUCCUGUUUGAUAGCCAAAUAGUAUAGUUCAAGUGUAAUGCAUAAAAAUAUACUUGACUUUGAAUUGUUGUAUAUACAUUUACUAACUAAAGUUACACAGCAGUUUUUUAUAAAUUGGGCUUUUUACAAACAUAUGCAAGGCAAUUACAAAAUAAAAAAAUCGAAAUGUGUGGUUAUUGCAAAUAAGAUGUAUAAAGUGCAAGCUUAACCUAAACUCCGUUGCAAGCUUAUGGUAUUCGAGUUACUUCAGAUGAUUACCCGAUAGUACGAAUCGGAAAUGCUGUAUAGAGCUACAAUUUGUGACUUGGCAUCAGUUAGAUAGUCCAGAACCUCAUCGUAUAUUUCGA